AUCACCUGCUACAACGAGGACGAGGAGACACUGCGACGCACUCUAGACUCCAUUGCGCAGACUAACUAUGCCAACAACCGCAAGCUGGCAUUUAUCGUCGCCGACGGUGAAGUGUCGUGCGCUGGAGACCAUCGCACCACGUCAGAGAUCUUGCGCGGCCUGAUCACAAAAAUUCCGACUGAAAAGCCCACACGCCCGCUGCCGUAUAUUGCUAUCGGCGAAGGCCCUCGCGAGUUCAAUGCCGCCGAGGUCAUUCCUGGUGUAUACAAGAGCGCCAAUGGUGCCAGCACUCCGUGCAUACUGGUGCUGAAGGUCGGCACAAAACUCGAGCGCCGCACCGAUUCGCCCAAAGCCGGGAACCGCGGCAAGCGCGACUCGCAGCUGAUCAUCCUGCAGUGGCUCAAGAACGUGUUGAUGAACAACCAUCUGACACCGCUCGAGUUUGAGCUUUGUCGGUAUGCGUCGCAGCUAGCACGUUUGAAUCCAGACCAGUUCGAGUACCUAAUGAUGGUUGACGCUGACACGCAGAUUGACGUCGAGUGCAUUGCCCGUCUUGUGGCUGCCAUGGAGCGCGAUGCAGGGAUCAUGGGGCUGUGCGGUGAGACCAGGAUCGCCAACAAGACGGCAUCGUGGGUGACGCGGAUCCAGGUCUACGAGUACUACAUCUCACACCACCUCAGCAAGGCGUUUGAAUCCCUGUGGGGCGGCGUGACCUGUCUGCCAGGAUGCUGCUCAAUGUACCGCAUCUUUAGCCGCAAGGCCGCUGCAGGCUCCGUUGUGCCACUGCUAGUGUCACCAGAAGUACUCUGUGCAUACAGCAGUACGGACACCCACACCCUGCACCAAAAAAAUCUGCUAUUGCUGGGUGAGGACCGCUACCUGACAACAGUGCUGCUGCGCGCGUUCCCGAAGCGCAAGAUGAUGUAUGUGCCGCGUGCGAUCUGCCGUACCACAGUGCCGGACAAGUUCUCAGUCCUGAUCUCGCAGCGCCGCCGGUGGAUUAACUCAACCAUCCACAAUCUGCUAGAGCUGAUUCUGGUCACAGACCUGUGCGGCACUUUCUGCUGCUCAAUGCAGUUUCUGGUGCUGAUGGACCUGCUGGGAAACGUGGUUCUUCCAUCAUCAGUGGUGUUCCUCUACUACCUGAUCAUCGCCGAAUGCCUGGGCCACCCAGUCGCGCUACCACUGAUGCUGAUGGCACUAACGUUCCUGCUGCAGGGUAUCAUGAUUCUGAUAACCACCCAGCGCGUUGUCUACAUAUACUGGAUGCUCAUCUAUAUAUUGGCUAUCCCGAUAUGGAAUUUUGUUAUGCCCCUGUAUGCAUUCUGGCGGUUUGACGACUUUUCAUGGGGCAAGACACGCAUGUGCGGGCCAGAGGCUGAUCGGACUACAUUUAUUACCGAGGAAGAGCGGCUGGCGCUGGAGCCCAUCCCGCUCAGGCGCUGGAAGGACUGGAUGCGCGACAACCUUCAUCGGCUCAACCAGGAU